AUGUCAAUAAUCCAGUGUCUUGUCGGUGACUCGAACCAGAGGCCAAAAAUUGGUUACGUCAUGGCUGCUCACGCUGCCCGUGCACUCUCGGAGGACUCUGCUGCGAACAUCCAACAAUAUACAGAGUACAAAUUAGUAGCGAUUGAGUCUGAAUACUCCGAUCGGAUUCUUGCAGACGCAAUCACGAGGGGUUGCUAUCCUUUGUUCAAGACUCCCAAUGGUGGACAAAGUGGUGCUGUACAUACACAGUCUCAUUUUCCAAAAGAGGCUACUCCGGUCUCUUCCGCCAAUGAGAGGUUCCAUCGGAGAAAGUCGGUGUACUCCGUACACUGUCCUUCAAGGUUACUCUCCCCGUCUGGUUGGAUCCCCCAAAGCACUCAGUACGGGGUUAUGCACUAUGCCACCUCCAACAAUUACCACAAUACCAGAACCAGAGGCUCAGACAACCCAUUGGAGCAAGCCACUCAGCUAUGCCCAAAUAAACUCAACGAAGCAUUUCUUGACUAUUGGAACCCCUGGUCUCCUAUCCCAAUCAUUAGCCAAUAA